ACGGCACCGGGAGACGGGGCUGAGGCGGCGGCGGCCCCCGGGGAGGAGCGGGAGCGGAAGGCGGAGGCAGCCCUUGGCCCCCCGCCCCGGUUUUGCUUUCCUUUUCGGUGCCGCCUCCCCCGGCGGGCUUGUGAGGGGGAGAGAGAGGGAGAGACACGGUUAUUAUUUAUUGAUCUGUCUCCCUCAAGGGCGGGGGAAGACCGGAGGAGGGCGCGGAGGCAGCCCCGUCACGGCAGGAGGAGGAGGAGAAGCCGGCGCGGAGCCUCGCCUCUCGCCUCGCCUCGCCUCGCCUCACAGCCCCGCCGCCCUCCGCCGCCUCGCCGUCCCUGGCCGCCGGAGGUACCGGCGGCCGCCCGCCCUCAUGAUGGCCUCAACCGCCACCUGCACCCGCUUCACCGACGAGUACCAGCUCUUCGAGGAGCUCGGGAAAGGGGCGUUCUCCGUGGUGAGGCGGUGUAUGAAGAUCACCACAGGACAGGAGUACGCGGCCAAAAUCAUCAACACCAAAAAGCUUUCGGCUAGGGAUCACCAGAAACUGGAAAGAGAAGCUAGAAUCUGUCGCCUCUUGAAGCAUCCCAAUAUUGUGCGGCUUCAUGACAGCAUAUCAGAAGAAGGAUUCCAUUACUUAGUCUUUGACUUAGUCACUGGUGGUGAAUUGUUUGAAGAUAUAGUUGCAAGAGAAUAUUAUAGUGAAGCAGAUGCCAGUCAUUGCAUUCAGCAGAUCCUGGAGGCUGUGCUCCACUGCCAUCAGAUGGGCGUAGUCCAUCGCGACCUCAAGCCUGAGAACUUACUUUUAGCUAGCAAAUCCAAGGGAGCAGCAGUAAAACUGGCGGACUUUGGAUUGGCUAUAGAAGUCCAAGGAGAACAACAGGCUUGGUUUGGCUUUGCUGGGACUCCAGGAUACCUUUCUCCAGAGGUGUUGCGAAAAGAUCCUUAUGGAAAACCUGUGGAUAUGUGGGCAUGUGGCGUCAUUCUCUAUAUCCUCCUGGUGGGAUAUCCUCCUUUCUGGGAUGAAGACCAGCACAGGCUUUACCAGCAGAUCAAGGCUGGUGCUUAUGAUUUUCCCUCACCAGAAUGGGAUACGGUGACUCCUGAAGCAAAAGACCUUAUUAAUAAAAUGCUUACCAUCAACCCAGCAAAACGUAUCACAGCAUCAGAAGCACUAAAGCAUCCGUGGAUCUGCCAACGUUCCACUGUUGCCUCUAUGAUGCACAGACAGGAGACUGUAGACUGCUUGAAGAAAUUCAAUGCGAGGAGAAAACUAAAGGGGGCCAUUUUGACAACUAUGCUGGCUACCAGAAAUUUCUCAGCAGCCAAGAGCUUGCUGAAAAAGCCGGAUGGAGUUAAGAAAAGGAAGUCCAGUUCGAGUGUUCAGAUGAUGAUAAACAACAAAACGAACGUGGUAACCAGCCCCAAGGAAAAUAUUCCUACCCCGGCGCUGGAGCCCCAAACUACAGUAAUCCACAACCCUGAUGGAAAUAAGGAGUCGACAGAGAGCUCCAAUACCACCAUUGAAGACGAGGAUGUGAAAGCGGGCAAGUCCACGAAAAGUGCAAACUCUGAGAGUCAUUCGCUUGAGUCUGAGCUCUCCCACUCCACUCCUUCCUCUGUGCUGUCUCGUAAGCAGGAGAUUAUCAAGGUUACUGAGCAGUUGAUUGAAGCUAUCAACAAUGGGGACUUUGAAGCUUACACAAAAAUCUGUGAUCCAGGCCUUACAUCUUUUGAACCUGAAGCUUUGGGUAAUCUAGUAGAAGGCAUGGACUUUCACCGGUUUUACUUCGAAAAUGCUUUAUCCAAAAGUAAUAAGCCAAUCCACACCAUUAUCCUCAACCCUCACGUCCACCUUGUGGGUGACGACGCUGCUUGCAUCGCCUACAUACGGCUCACGCAGUACAUGGACGGAAGCGGGAUGCCAAAGACUAUGCAGUCAGAGGAGACGCGGGUCUGGCACCGUCGUGACGGGAAAUGGCAGAACGUUCAUUUUCACCGUUCAGGGUCACCAACAGUACCUAUCAACGCCUAGCACAGCGGGAUCCCAGUCACGCCGUCGGCCCCUAGAUGCUACGCUAAAAAUAUCAGCGGUGCCGCUCUUGCAUUUUCUGUACCCAACGCACCCGGUUGAUUACCAUCUUGGCCAUCCCGUUCUCUUCAUGCAUGUUUCUGAGUGCAUGAAGUUGUGAAGGUUCUUCAUGUGACACAUUUGUGAUGCACCAUGUUUGCUGUAUAUUCCAUCUGUACACUGUUAACAUUUCGCUGAAGGUGAUGUUCCACGCAAAUAGAGAGUUAACGUGGCAUAAAAGACCAAAAAAAAAAAAAAAAAAAGAAAAAAAAUUUGAUGGACAGCAGUAGAUACAUUUGUCACUUUCUCCAUUUAUGCCAAGUUUUGACAGACAACUUUAAAAACUAUCCUGUUUAUUAAAAAAAAAAAAAGGAAAAAAAAAAAAAAGAAAAAGUACAUUUUACCCUCUUUUUUUAAGAACUGUUUUUUGACUCCUCUUUUUUUCCCCUGAGUCCCAGGAUUUUGCUUUGGUUCUGGUAGGAACGGUUAGGAUUUCCGCUGGCAGCUCCGUUACUGUAAAACGGGUUUUUAUUACGGCGCGUAGAUGGACGAAAUCACUGAUAAAUGUGGAAGUGAUAAUAGCUUGGCUAUGAUAAUAGCUUGGCUUUGUACCAGCUGAAGCCUUCUUAGUUUAUUAGUCUAUGUAAACUGGAAAAAUCUCAUCAUGUGCUGGCUUGGUCACUUCGGAAUUAACCGUGGAGGUUGCGAUGAGCCAGCAGCUUCCUUUUUUCCUUUUUUUUUUUUUUUUUUUCCUUUUGAGUCUUUAUCUUUGCUUUCUCGCUACGCGAAUUGAAAAUUUCUGUCGGACGAUAAAGCAAAAUUAAAAAUUGUAAGGAACGAAGCGAUGAUUGAGGGGCAGGUUUUGAGGAUUAAAAUGGAAGGAUAGCGAAAGAUAGAUUUUUAUCGCUUUUUAGGGUGCACUGCAAAAUUUUUAAGGAGGCUUUAAAAAACAUAAAACUUUGGUUAAGCUAUAGACCAGCUGCGUGGUUGAUAUAUCGAGAAAUAUUAGGCCUUAAAAGCUUAGUACGAAGAGUUUACUGUCUUUACGCUGCUGCUGUCGCUUCUCUGGAGAUGUAUUGCGGAUACACCAGUUUUCUAGCAAGAAUCUCAAUACCACGGAUUUGUUUCUUCCUCCUUUUCCCCCCUCAAUCCGCUCUUGGUUUUCGGAAGACCCUCACGCGGCGCACAGGGACGACACCUGACCUUUGCGGCGUCCCCCACCUUGGUUCGGUCCCUGUACGCCGCGGGGCGGGGGGGGAUGCUCUCCGUGGCGCUUUAUCACAGGGACUGUUUUUUCAUCCCUUAUGUUGCUGUGAAAACACGUCCUUGCAAGCAUUUAGGUUUAGCCCCUUCCAUUUUUAAUAGAAAAAUACAGGGAUGGGUUAUUUCUUUUUUUUUUUUUUUUUCCCCCCCGCCAUUCGCUAAUUGUUCUGUUACCAACAGGGCUAACCGUUUUCUGCAGCGCUGUACAGUGCAUGAUAUCUCAGUCCAUGUCCUUUUUAGCGGUUAAAAAUUUACAACGCGGCAGCCUGAAGUUUUUAAAACGGGAAAGCUUCCUAAUUUGUAUCGUUUCACCUUUCUGUGUUGAUUACUAAUCAAAAGCAGUUCUUAAACAUUUUGAUGUUGUUACUAGUGGAUGUAUGGUAGAUGGAUUUAAGCUUCUCUGAUAAUUACUACAUGAUUUUAAACAAUAUAUAUUUAAAAUAAGCAUCUACAAUAAAUGUGUUGAGCCAUAUUAACCUGCCAAUGGGAUCUGUGAAAAAAGUAAUGGCCUCAUUCUUUUUUUUUUUUCCUCAUUAAUUUCUUUACUUUUUUUUGUGAAGCGGCUAUAACUGUAUUUAAAAAUUAACAAAUUAGGUGUAGGGUGGUUUGGUUUUUUUGUUUUGUUUUGUUUUUUUUUUACACUUCUGACAUAGCAUGUGGUGUUGACGUAUUACUGUAGACCAAGUUUGUCUUCCACACCAAGACGUGAGGAAAUUGUGAUUUGUUCUCUCCACCACAACUGAAUGAUACGCUUCUCUUCUGUCAUUUUUGGAACACUGCAGUUUACCAUGGGACACAGUGUACAUAUUUCUUGCCAUAAUGGUAAAAUGAUUGAUAUAUUUAAGGAUUAAUAAAUUUGUGAUUUCUGCUGA